AUGCUCCAAGACAAGUUGCUCUUGCUCAUCUUUCUCCUCCUCCUUGCCUGCACGGUGAAAGCAGAUUCAUGGGACAGAGAUAACACGAUGUUCUUCUGCAAGUACCUAAGUACGUCUAGUUCCAACUACUUGCAUACCGAAGCGCUAUACAUCUCGAGCUCUGAGCUGAUUUGCAAGAUGCCUGAGUGGGGUAAUUCCUACAAGGCGGAUCUGACUUAUCUUUCUAUAUGGAAAGGAGCUAGUUUUGCUUCUUCUACAGAAAUUUUAGCUAUUGGAGACCCCGUCGAGAUCUACUUCAGCGAAUCCAUCGUUUCGAUCUCCCCUCAUGUGCUCAUUUCACCGAGUAGUCUUAUAACCGUUGUCGGAGCUGGUUUUGACACAAGCGUAUCAUAUCACAUUGUAUUUGUACCCAAAGUCCAGUUUUCUGCUAUGGCCUCACCCCCAACAACGCAGCAAUGGAUCUAUUCUUUUGUUCUCAAUGUCACAAACAACACUUAUGCCACCUCCAUGAUCAAUUGGAAUCAUGAUGCUGGUGAUCACUUUGUCACCUUGUUCAGAGAUACAUCAGUCAACAAGUCAUUACUGUUCACGUCUUACAACGGAAUUGCGGUUCAAGAUUUGAGCCCUCGGAAGGAUAUAACAUAUGGAACUCCUGAGUGGUCUGAAUCAGUUGUGGCUUCCAACGCCAUCCUUGAGGAAGGUCUCGAAUGCGGAAAAUUCAAGCUGGACUUCCAUGCUGAAAAAGGUAUGGGUCCAUUGCGCUUGACACUCAAAUAUACGCCUUUGCGUCCAAAAAUCCUGCGGACUACAGACGUCAUGCCUUCUCGGGAGUAUACCAACUCAUUGGAGGGCGACUACUUCGAUGCUGAUGGAAUCUACUAUCCUGGUCCCUCUGACACAGUUCUCGACCUUCCGCUGCAAACUCCUGCUGUCAAACAAACUAAGGCAGAUAUUGUCGCUUCCCAGACUCUGAAGAUCCCCGACAACCUUGCUGAGCCGUCUCACAUGAUCUUCUCUUGUCUCACGGACUUCCAAAAUGGCAAUGUCAGUGGCACGGUCGAGUGGAACGUCAGCAAGGGAUGGGAAGGGUUUGCCUACAAACUGUGUGUGACUGCUUAUCAUGCUGUCGUUCCUCUCGCAUCGAGAUCUCUUGACCUGGCAAACGAGCGAUGUUUCUUUGUUAUCGUCCCCAAGUGCUCCAAGUGUCUCACGGCUGUGGAUACCCUUGACUCAGUUUCGGCUUUCUAUGGAGCGAACUGGAUUGAUCUUUGGAGUUCCAACCAUCAAAUGUUCAAGACUAAGAGUGUGGAUGUCAAGACCGACGAAGUUUUCAAUGCACCCAACGACAGAGUUUACAUCGAGAUCGACAGAAAUACUUCUCUGAAGCUCGGACAGUCCUACCGCAUGAACUCAGGCGACACCAUCAACUCCGUUUCCCUUCGCUUUGGCAUGAUGAUUGAAAACUUCCUGGCACUGAACCCGGACAUCUUCGCUGGCAACGAGUUUCAAAAGCUUGACGGCAAGCGAGUCUGCAUUCUUUCUUCCACCUCCAAAUACAGCACCUGCACGGAAACCCCCAGCCCGAUAUUCUACGAGGCUACAUACCGAGCAAGGUUCUAUCACGACUUCGACGUUAAGGGACGGCCAAUCAAGACAUACAAUGACAGGUAUCCUCAACCUCCGUUCGAGUUCCCCCCCAAGACUCCCUAGUCUCUUCUGCAACUUCUACAUCCUGUACAUUUACAUGAAUCAUGCAUCAUCU